AUGUUCACUAGACUUGGUCAUUUUUUUGGCUAUUAUCCAACAUUUUUGGGUAUAGCUCCACCAAAUCAAUCAGUUACAUCCGACAUAUCACAGCCAAGUAAAAUGUGGCCAAGUGAAAACUUAAAAGAUUCCGCUGACAGCAAUUCCACAUCUAAACGAAUGACUGUUUCUCCCAAACAUUGUCACAGUAAACAUCACCAUCGACAUCAUCAUAGCCACCACCAUCAUAAACAUCAUCAUAGAAGUCAUUCACAUCGUAAACAUCAUCGAAAGUCGAUUUCUCAACCACGAUCGCAAACAGCUUUUAUUCAACAAAAUGACCAGCAACAACCGAUGAUCGUUUAUCGAGAAAUACCAGCCGAUGGAAGCAGUAACAUACCAAUGCAAUCUUACACUACUACAGAUGAUCGACAAUCACCACUUGUUGUUUAUCAAGAUGUAGCGUCAGACGGAAUAUCACAGUUAUACUAUGAUGGCCAAGAAACGUAUGUGAUGUUGUAUUUGAAACAACAGGCUAUACAAAACGCCGUUAUUCGACAAGAUCAAGAAUAUGAAGAAGACGAAACAAACGACUUACCAUCAAUUCAUUCUCAAUUAAAUCCUGUUCAAAAACAAUAUACUCUUCAUCGUUCAUCCUCUAUGACUGAACGUCAAGUGGGCAGUUAUCCAUUUCUAUCUUCACAACCAACAAUCAUUCAAAAUCAACCAUUUAUUCGAACAGUUCAAACAUAUCCUUCUGCUGCCAGUGGGGGAACUCAGCAAUACGAGAGAGUAUAUUACGAAGACGAUAGCAAUCAGCCGGGCUCAUAUAUCCUACAAUCAGAUCCUGUUUCUUCUGGUUUACAGUAUCCCGCUGAUACAUCAACACUAUAUUGUUCUGAACCACAGACCGAUCUGUUACGUUCACCAACUCGAAUUGUUCAUCAUCAACAACCGUCAACUAGUUACUUAUCCCAGCCUUCUCAGCAAUAUCUUUGUUACGAUAAUUCACCGUCACAAGGGGCUCAAACAGUUAUUAUGACACAACCUCAACAACAAACAACAUCAAUUGAGCCUACAUUUAUCAAUCAAAUACCUGUUUACAAUCCAAUUCAAACAACAGGUCAACAACCGUUAUUGUGUGUACAAACUCCUUUACAACAAGCAACAAGUGUCAUUUUACAACAACCACAACAAUUUCAACAAUCACAACAAUUUCAACAAUCACAACAAUUUCAACAACCUCAGAUAUUUCAGACGUCCAUGCCACAAAUUAUACAAACGCAACAACCGACACAAUUUCUACAAUCGAUACAACCGCAACAACAGACACAAUUUCUACAAUCGAUACAACCGCAACAACAGACACAAUUUCUACAAUCGAUACAACCACAACAACAGCUGGUUCAAUCUUCAACAGUACUUCCAGCAAAUUUAUUACAAUCACUGCGAGCAGUAUCAUCUCCAACGUCAAUUCUUGCUCCCAAUACAGCAAGCCCUCAAAUUCUUUAUCAACGCCCAUACGAUCCUGUAAUCAUUCCCAUACAAAAUCAACAAGUUGCAGUUAAUCCAUUAGUUUCACUCAGUCAACCAUCGUACGCACCUGCACGACUUGUCGUCGGUCAGCAACCUUCAUUUAUAGGACAACAGCAGCAGCAACAACCAAAUAUGUUCCGGCAAGCUCUCGUACGAGCUGUAGCCAAUCAGGCAGCCAAUUCCAUUGGACAAAGAAAUCCUACAGGAGGUCUAAGUGUUCUAUCACGACCUGCUAUACAAGCACCAUUGAUGGCUGGAAGUUCUGGCCUCAAGGCGAACAGUCCGUUCAAUCAACCACCGUGUUCAAUAAUGUAA